UAAGGAUAUUGUGAUUGUUUAAAAAAAGGAUACUUAAAGUUUCAAAAAAAGGAUAUCAAUAAAAAAUAAGAGAAACAAAUCGCUGUGAAUUGUGAUAAAAUUAAAAAAAAAAAAAUAAUAAAAAGUCUGUGUGAAGAAAAUUAUGAGUUUACCCAGUGGCGUUGAUAUGCAAAAUCUAAUGUCACAACAUCCGGUUUUGGGUGCAUUGCCACCUGCGUUUUUCUUACGCGCUGCAUCUGAACGAUAUCAGAGAACACCGAAAUGUGCAAGAUGCAGAAAUCAUGGCGUUGUAAGUGCACUGAAAGGACACAAAAGAUACUGUCGCUGGCGAGAUUGUGUUUGUGCUAAAUGCACAUUGAUUGCGGAACGACAACGUGUUAUGGCUGCUCAGGUGGCCCUUCGCCGUCAACAAGCUCAAGAGGAAAACGAAGCUAGAGAGUUGGGAUUGCUUUACUCUUCGGUGCCAAGUGCACAACAGAAUGGUGGUAAUAAUGGCAAUGGAAAUGGGGGAACUGAUGGUGGCGGUGGUGGUGUGCCUUCACAACAGCCACAGGGUGUUUUUCAUUCGGGAAUUCCAUCGCCACCAAGUGAUAUGGAUGCUAAUCAACGAGUACAAUUUAAUGGCAGUGAACCCGAUUCGGAUCAGAUACGUUCGGAUAGAUUGUCGAUGGGAUAUUCACCGGAUCGAACGGAUGUUGAUAGUCCUGGAUCAAAACGUGCCCGUCUGUCGAAUGAAACGGAUCAAGAUACCGGCUCGGAAUCAUCACCAAGCAGUCCCCGGCACAAAAGCCAAACAUACAACCACCAUUCGGCGAAUCUAUCUCCAGCUCGAACUGGUCCACCGAGCUCACCCGAAUCCGAUCUCGAUGUAGACUCUGCCCCAGAUGAAGCUACUCCAGAGAAUCUCAGUCUGAAAAAAGACGACUCGACAUCACCGCCAACAACACCUUCCGAUAGUUUGCAUAUCCUGCGCAGUUUUAGCAACAAUGGCCAAGGAUUUAUUCCCUAUCAUCAUCAUUCCCAGUUUAUGCCAGCAGCUAUGCCCACUCACCAACUGCAACAGCAACAACAACAACAGCAUCAGCAACGGUCUCCGGUGGAUGUCCUGCUGAGAGUUUUUCCCAAUCGGCGACGCAGUGAGGUGGAACAAUUAUUGCAACGUUACAGGGGAGAUGUCCUGCAGGCAAUGGAAGCUAUGCUUUCGGGUGAAGAUAUGACGCAAGCCUUGAAUCCUGCCAAUGUGCCACCAUCACCACCAUUUCCGAUAAAAUCGGCAUUCUCACCGCUAGUGCCACCUGGAGUGUUUGGAUCGCCCACUAAUCGAUACCCUUUUAUGCAAGCCCAUGCCAAGAGAUUCCUGACUGCACCCUAUUCCGGAACAGGAUAUAUGCCGGGAGUCCUGCAACCAGAUGCAGACCAAUCCGAGUCCAAUAGUGCCAACACUGAUCGAAAUAGUAAUACUGGUGAUUCACAGGAUUGAAAAGCUGGACUUUUUAUCCCUUAAACAAAAAACAAAAGAAAAAAAACUUUUUUUUUUUAUAAUUUCAUUAAGGUUCUGUGUAAAUAUGUAGUUCUUUUUAUAUUUUUGUUUUUGUAGAACAGAGUUAAGUUUAGAAUUU